CAGUAGUGCUGGCUCCAGGAAGGCCAAUUGCAAUCGAUUACUGACUGCGAUAAGCAGUGUCACUUCACAGCUUUCCCUAACCAAAAGAGAGCCAAGUAGGAAGCUACUUCAGUUCACGAACGUGCAAGCAAGCAAAAAAUCGUUUGGCAGCUUCUCAGUAAAAGCCAUUCAUUCAUUCACAAUCAAAAGCUGGUUAACCACAGCAACAGAUAUCAACAGACCUUACCACUCACUCUCUCACACAUCAGACCAGAGAACCCUCACUCACUCUUUGACGGGCAUCUCUCCAUCUAUCUCUACUCACAGCUGAGUCCUCGGAUUAUCAAGACUCUCUUCCUCUCAUUUUCCAUCAUUGACACGCAAAUUCACUUGGCCGAGGCACUUUGCCAGAUUUCUCCUCCAUCCAGACAGCUGACGGAUACAGCAGACUCUCUCUUGUCUCUUGCUUUCGCUAAGACCAGCAAGUCCAUCACCAUGUGCCUUCCUUCUCGCGAAAAGGUGGCCUAUGAAUCGGCUCCACCCAAACACCAUCCACGCACGGCACGCCGCCACUACUACGAUGAUGACGACGAACCUCGUGUAAGCUUCCAACAAGACUCCAAUCAAGUCCAUUUCGUCUCUACCAGUUGCUCUCAUGCCAAGACUAGCGCCGAACGCCACGAGCUCUGGUACAACCGUGAUGAUAUCAAGGAAUUCCGGCGACAGGCCGCCAACCUCGGUAAGCGAAUGCGAGAAGAUCCUCAGUCUUGUGCCAAGGAAGAAACCCGAGGCCUGGAGCUCCGUACUUCUCUUCAUCGUCAAGACCGCAAGCAGAUGAUUGUCAAGAGAAUCCUGAAAGCCCAAGAAGAUGACUCGACUCCUGAAGAUCUGGCAAGGAUUGCACAACAGCAUUCCAUCUGGUCUCGAAAGUUGGCACUGGCACAAGCACAUAAGGACUACUAUGCCGCUUAUCAUCCAAACCUCACUUCGGUACUGCCAGAGAUGCCUGCUUUGUUGGACUGUGGAAGAGAUCUCUCUCGUAACAAGCGCUCCUUGUUGGGAACCUCACUGGAACAGUCGGGUCGCCGCGUCCGAUGUCGGAUGUUUUAAUUUUUCCGACAUCAGAAGACUACUUCUUCCAUUUUUACCACUGGAAGAAGGGAGUUGUUUGGGGGGUUCUCCUGGGUAUGCUACUUUCUUACUGACUACUGUUGCCUCUCAUCAUCGUCAAGGCGAGAGUGGUUGUUGCUUGUGAUGCCACAUUCCUGCUACAGCUACGUUAUCCUGCUACUACUAGCUAG